UCGGGACGCGGUGCGGGCACGGCGUAACCCCUGCCGGACGGGGGUUAAGGAGCCCCAGGAGAGCUCGGGCGGAGGCGGCGCCGGGGCCGGGCCCUGCGCGUCCCAGCGCUGGCCGCAGCCGCUGCUCCCGCCCGGCCCCAUACCGACACACGCGGCCCCGCCCCCCGCCGCUCCCUCCGCCCCCUUCCGGCAGCGAUUGGCUGCGGCCGCCGUCUGUCUGCCGCCACGCAGCCACUCCCUGUGCGCGGGGCGGCUCUUGUCAGCGGCCAUUGGCUGGCCGUCAGGGCAAGGCCCGCCCCCCCGCGGGCGCAGCGGAGGAGGGAGGGGGCGGGCGGGCGGCCGCGGGGAGACGGCGGCGGCGGCGGCGCCGAGCGGAGCGGAGCCGGAGCUGUAGCUCUGCUGCCCACUUGGAAGUGCAACUGGUAUGGGUAAUGGUGUGAGAGAAGCUGCAGUGGAUUUCAAAGGGCAGGAUGUGGAGCCAGUGCCAGCAACACAGCUCCCAGCAGAGGGCAACCAGGAGAAGAAGAAGGUCCUCAAUUCCCUGAUGUCUGGGGCCCUGGCUGGUGCUGUGGCUAAAACUGCUGUAGCUCCACUGGACAGGACAAAAAUCAUGUUUCAAGUGUCUUCAAAAAGAUUCUCUGCCAAGGAAGCCUACAGGCUGAUUUACCACACCUACCUCAACGAGGGCUUCUGGAGCCUCUGGAGAGGGAACUCAGCCACCAUGGUCCGGGUGAUCCCCUACGCUGCCAUCCAGUUCUGUGCCCACGAGGAGUACAAGCAGCUCCUGGGCAGCUACUACGGCUUCCAGGGAAAAGCGCUGAGUCCCUUCCCUCGAUUCAUUGCUGGCUCUCUGGCAGGCACCACGGCUGCCAUCCUAACCUACCCCCUGGACAUGGUCCGUGCCCGCAUGGCUGUCACGCCGAAGGAGAUGUACAGCAACAUUGUCCAUGUCUUCAUCCGAAUAUCCCGAGAGGAAGGGCUGAAGACCUUGUACAGAGGCUUCACUCCAACCAUCCUGGGAGUCAUCCCCUACGCUGGGCUCAGCUUCUUCACCUAUGAGACGCUGAAGAAGCUGCAUGCAGAUCACAGCGGCAGGGCGCAGCCCUCCCCCGCCGAGCGGCUGCUGUUCGGAGCGUGUGCGGGGCUGAUCGGGCAGUCUGCCUCCUACCCGCUGGACGUGGUGCGGCGCCGCAUGCAGACGGCAGGGGUGCUGGGGCACACCUACGGCUCCAUCCUGCGCACCAUGCAGGAGAUCGUCCGCGAAGAGGGACUCGUCCGGGGCCUCUACAAAGGGCUCAGCAUGAACUGGGUGAAGGGCCCCAUCGCGGUGGGCAUCAGCUUCACCACCUUCGACCUGACUCAGAUCCUGCUCCGCAAGCUGCAGCACAGCCCCGGCCCGCAGAGUCCUGCAAACUUGAGGCCUCUGAAGUAGCUGCUUGAAGCCUUCUGGUGUGGUAGGAGUGGAGCUUCUCAAACUGACCUCUGCUGCUGCUGCUGGCUCCUCACCUGUGGAUGAUGAACGAGAGGACUCAGUGCUGCUGGGAUGAGCCCCUGGAGCUUGGAGGGGGGGCUGACUGCUGCUCCUGGCAAGCAGUUUUUGGCUACUGACCACAUCUUAGCUGGAGGCAGGCUGCCAAGUGCAAUAUUCCCAGGCAGUCCUUAGGGAAUUGCAGAUUCCUCUGACCUGGGAGCAGCAGGACGCAGCAGGAUCGGACAGGUCUUUUGUUCUGGAAGUGGAAUGUGAGCCCCAGCUGGAACUGCUGCCCUUUCCCUGCUGUUCUCCUGGUUUCUGGUUUGGAUUCCAUCCUGUGCCCCACGCCUGCAGCCUGCCUCUGAGCUCCCCAGCGCCUGCGGGCAGCAGGGAGGGAGAUCGUGAGCGGUUUGCAGGUCCCUUUCUGACGCCUCUGGGCAGUGCUGGUGAGCAGAGGCUGUGCCUGCAGUCACAGACCCGAUGGAGUGGAGCUGCAGUCGUGCUUUUGAGGGGCACAUCCUCUCCUCUGCCGGAGUCACCUCAGCCUGUGCUGUCCACGCACUGAGGAAUCUCCACGCUGCAGCCUUCAGCAGUGUUCUCCUGUCAGCGUUGCUGCUGCUGCUGCACGAUGCAAGAACAAACACCCCCAAGCCCUGUGGCUGCAGCCUGGGAGCUGACCCAAGCUGCUGUCCCUGCUUCUCAGCAACCUUCUUGUCUCUCGGUGCCUGCUCUCUAGGUUGUUGCCACCUCCCGUUUGUUUCUCCACCCUCCCCCCCCCACAACCCAGACCUUUUAUUCCUGGAGUUCCUUCUGGGCCAGUUGAGUCCUUGGGAAAACAGGAUUUGACCCCCCAGAAAUGCUACCCAGGGCCAAUCCUUGCAGCAAAACCCUUUUGACUCUUUGGUUCCAAGCAGUUUUCAGGCAAAAUG